CUGCUCUGGAGCAGAGCUGCGGCGUUUCUCCACAACACCACACAACUUCUCCCACCAAGUUUCUGCCAAGUAGACGCGGAAUAGCCGAAGCAGAAAUGGAGCUUUCGACACGCCGACUCUCCCUUGUUCUGUUGAGCCUGUUUGCAGGUUUGGCCUCAGGUCUGGAAAUCACAUCUACAGGACCAACAUCCAUAGAGAAGGCCAGCGGUCAGAGUGUGAAGCUGGACUGCCAGUUCGCCCUAGCCCGAGAGGACACUGGACCCCUGGAUAUUGAAUGGAGUUUGCUAGCCUCUGACAACCAGAAAGAGGACAAAGUGGUGAUUCUGUACUCGGGGGACAGGGCAUACGAGGAUUAUUAUGCCCCCAUGAAGGGUCGAGUCCACUUCAACUCUGCAGACCCAAAGAACGGUGAUGGCUCAAUCAACCUGACGGGGCUGAAAUCAUCGGAUUCAGGCACCUACCAGUGUAAAGUUAAGAAGGCUCCAGGUAUCCGCGGCAGGAAGAUGCUCCUGAUUGUCAUGGUGCGGCCGUCCAGGCCCAGGUGCUACACCGACACAGCCACGGAGGAAGGCAAAGACGUUGUGCUGAGGUGCACGACUAAUGAGGGAACCAAACCAAUCAAGUACGACUGGGAGAAGACCAGUGGCACCAAGCUGCUGCCAGCCUCCGCUGUGACGGAUCCUUUGGCGGGCACUGUUAAUGUGAGGAAUGCAUCUGCCAGCGCAUCUGGUACCUAUCGCUGCGUUGCCAGCAACCGUGUUGGCGCAGAGGAGUGUACGCUCUACGUGAACGUGACACCGCCUCCCAACACUGCAGGGAUCAUCGCAGGAUCCAUCAUUGCCGUACUUUUGAUCCUCAUCCUUAUCGCCAUCAUUCUCUUCUGCUGCUGCCGUGCUCGUCACAGGAAGAAGUACGAGAAGGAAAUCUGCAAUGAGAUAAGAGAGGACGUGCCCCCACCGAAGAGCCGCGUUUCGACGGCACGCAGCUUCACCGUGGGCAGCCAGCGCUCCUCCCUGGGGUCCAUGUCGCCCUCCAACCUGCACGAGUACGCUCUCAAGCCCCAGUACGACAAAAUCCCCUCCUCGGAGGAGUACGAGAGGCCUCCCAGCCACGUUCCUCUGCCCCCUCCCUCUGCCGUCAAGAUGGCCGGCCCAAACCUCAACCGUAUGGGAGCCAUCCCCGUCAUGAUCCCUGCUCAGAGCAAGGACGGUUCCAUCGUCUAGCGUGUCCUCUUUUUUUUUUUUUAGAAGGGACUCUGCAUCAAGGGACGGGAGUGGAAGAAAGGAGGACACAAGCCAAUGAUGAUGGAGCGAGAACUGGGCAGGCUGAGCGGCCUGACGGUGGCUCUUUAUUAUUUAAAAAUGGGAGUAUCUUCCUCUUACGGAGACCUGGCUCUGCUGUGUGUUGACAGUAAAACAAAUGUGCUCUACUGGAAUCACAACAGAGCACGUUAACUUUUUAUCAAAUAUGAAAUAAUAAGAAAUACAGCUUUUACUCAUUUUAACUUCUGGACUUUCUCACAAAAACUAGUGUGGGUAUAGAGCAAAAUGGUCAACAUACAAAUGGUAUUGUACAUACGUGAAUGCAUGUGUUUUUUUUUGUUGUUUUUGUUUUUUUUAUAUAUAGAUUCUCUUGCUGUAGAUCCACUGUAUGUUCAGACAGAUCCAGGCCCCUCAUCGACACACUGUACAGCUGCAUGCAUGCACAUUUGUAUAAAACUGCAGCUGUGCAUGUGUGUUGGAAAAAAAAAAAAAAGAUUGUUAAAACUUGAAUAGUUCAUUUAUUUCUUUAAAUCCAUGUGUAUGAUUCUUAGUUUAAAUUUUUUUUUAGUUUUUAAUGUUUAAAACAGAAAUGUAUUGCAAGAGAUCAGACCUGGGAAAAACCGAGUCACUCAUGGGAACAAAAUUAGAUUCAUUCCUUGGACCAAGCUGAAACGUGGUGGGCUUUUUUCUGGGUAACCGUUACUCUGUUGUCUGAAGUGCCCACUCCGGAUCAGGGUGGGGGAUAUGAAGGAUAGUGAUUGGCUCAUAGCGAGGGGGAGUUCAGGCCACUACUUACGAUUGGCUGGAUUAUUGCUUCUUGACCACGUUUAAACAGGACCAUUGUCCAGCCUCCUCUCCAGAGUUCUUAGCAGGGCUGCAUUGGCCUUAACAGGGACAGCUGGAGAGCAAGGUUCACUGAGCAAUCAGCUUUGAUUGUAUUUGAAUGACUCAAGGCUGCCAAUCUCGCUAGCAACUAGGACAAUUGGACUUCCUCUUUUCUACACACGCACAGCAAAUUAGCAAGACAAAAGCACAGUCUUAAUUUAUCCUCGCACUGAGCUACAUGUAAUCCUCCGUAUGUGUUACUGCACUACAAAGAGGCUAUAUAUCGAUUAACCUUCUUUCUGUGGUUAAUGUGAAACCUUUCAAGGCUUUUUGUAGCAUUAAUGGGAGAUUUUAAUGAAGGAUGUUAAUCAUGGGUGCAUGAAGAAAGUUCCCGCUGUGAACCAACUGAUGGGAUUUGGGAUGCUGCGUACUGUUUCUCUGCAUCUUCAACCACUUUAGUUUGACCUUAAUUUGCAGUCUCAGUGUAGGUUUUAUCAAAGUUGCAUAAGCCAGUCCUUGUAGCCUUUGGGUAAUGUUAUUCCUGUACAUGCCUAGCCUUCCAUUGUUUGGAAGUCCUAACAUCUUAUCCUGUCUUUUACUGAACAAGGAAUAACACUAUCAAUAUGUGUUGGGCUAACUGUUGUUUCCUCUCUCUGAUGCCUUAUUUCUCUCCCUUCUUUUAGCCUUAAACUCCUCCCGUUGGUUCACCCCUCCUCAGCUGGAUUUUUAUGACUUAUUUUGUGCCUUGUUGCCCCACUUCAGUUGUGGUAGAAAGUCCGCCGGUGUGCUCUUUGCUGUAGCGUCUUUCUUCACGGCCAUCUGUCUGAACACCAGUAAUAAUCGUCGCACAGUGAGGUUAUUGAUUGUUUUCUCUCAUCUCAGUUGGAUCUAGUCUUGGAUUUCCCACUCCUACUCUCCUCGUAGCAGUUCUCAGACUACAACUUAAUGUGUCUCACACUUUCUAACCUUUUAUUUUUCUAUUGUUUUUUUUUUGUUUGUUUUUUUUAAAUAUACAUAUAUCUAUAUAUAAACUUUAUUACUGUAAUCUUAAUUUCAGUAAUUGAUGUGCUUUUAUUAUAGAAAAUAAAUGUCCCAGCUCUGUGUAUACUCUACCUGUCGAUGUAAGGAUAUCUAAUGAAAACACUGAAUGAGUGAUUUAUUUCAACGGAUUUGUGUGUGACGCUCUGCAGUGCUGUGCUUAAAUCUUUAUCUAAAACGGAGGAGAUGGGGUUGGGCGGCAGGGUGCAGAUGUUAGGGGGUAUGCUUGGAAGUUUCCGACUUUGUCUGUGUGAAAAUGCACGUUUAUAUGAAAAGGCAGGCAAGACUGACCACGUCUCUUGAUGUCACUCUAUUUAGGUAAGGAAAAGUAACACCUGGGCCAGCCUGGACAAAGAAAUGAUAACAGUCAGUUGGGCUUAAACACUGUUGUGUGUGUGUGUGUGUGUGUGUGUGUGUGUGUGUGUGUGUGUGUGUGUGUGUGUGUGUGUGUGUGUGUGUGUGUGUGUGUGUGUGUGUGUGUGUGUGUGUGUGUGUGUGUGUGUGUGUGUGUGUGUGUGUGUGUGUGUGUGUGAAUGAAUGAUCAGGUGUGUUGUACAUGAGGGGGAUUUGUAGACAGGAUGGUGCCCUUGUAGAAAUGUAGUUACUCUUCACCUGCUGGAGCUCCGGGGGAUGACGGUCCUACUGUCACCUCCUGCUCAAGACAUUAACGUCAACUACUAUUAACAAUAUUAACAGUAGCUUGGAAAUGAGCGUACUAAUUCUCCAUGAAGAUCUCCUUUGAGGUUUGCACUCUGCGUGAAAACCUGUUUUCUUUGUGUGUAUUUUUGUGCUGUAUUUUUGAAUAAUAAAAGUCUUUGAAAUAGACUGCGGUCCUCCA